CAUAGACUGAAUUGCUGUCGACUCGUGUAACUGACUGUGAAUUUCCUGCGAUUCCUGGAAUCGAUGGAAAGGCAUUCAAAUAUGUGUUGGAUGUGUGGCUGUUGUGGGAAUGGCUGUCGAGUAUAGCAUCGCUUCAAAGCAAUUCCUAGAAUGAGAGACUCGUCACGAAAACACAAGUGUAUUGUAUUGCCUGUGAAUUGCAUUCAAACUGUGAAUACCUUUCACUACAACACAACUCCUCAUUGUAUUCAAUUCUGAAAUAUAGGUGAUAUCAAGUAGUGGUCCAGCGAUUGAUAUAAAGAAUUCUCGAGAAGAUGUCUGUUUGGGCACAACUACAAGAACUGCCUGAAGAGGCCCAACAACAGGUGCACCAGACAUACGGAGAGCAGUUCCCGAUCGAAGUUCGCUGUGCUUUAGCGCAAUGGAUAGAAGAAAAGCCGUGGAAGGACUUGGAUGCAGACAAUCCACAGCACGAGGCGUACGCGUCGACUCUGGUGUCGGCCCUGAUCUCGGAGAUUGAGGUGAAAGCCAACGCCACCGAAAACUUUGUCACAAAAUUCAAGUUAACGCAAAGCGCGCAGAACUUCCGAUUGAAUUACUCGCACAACCCC